CUUAAUGGAGAUGAUGUGCCGGUAAGUGAUUCACAGAGACAAAUGUCUUCUUUGAUUGGUACCCUUGUACGUGAUCCUAGAAAACUACCGCUUGAUUGCUUUGAUUGGAGAAAAAUGGAAGAGGCAAAGGAGCUAAUAUGGAUAGAAGUCAAGGCAAAACGAAAUAAGAUAGAUAAGCUUGGAACAUGGCUAUUGACACAUGAGCCAAAGAAAGGUUCAAAACUUGAUGAUAUUUCAGCUAUGAAAAAGGAGUUAAUUCUUAAGAAGUUGGAUACUUUGAAAGAUGUAGAAGCUGGUGCACCUGCUUGUGAUGAAGUUUUUGAAAAGGGUUCAAAAGCUAAUCAAUCUGAUAUCAUUGACCUUACAGUUGGUGGUAAUACAACCACCGAGAAAAGUCAUGAUGAGGAUCGAUGGAACAAAGAUGAUGAAGCUGAGAGCGAUGAACUUGAAGAUGUAUACGAGCAUUAAAGCUUUGAACUAUAUCUUUCAUAUCGGUGCACAUUUUAUUUUAGUUCACUUUGACUGUUUAUACUUUAACUUAAAUGAUGAACUACUUUUGAGACGUUGGUUUACAUUCUAGUAAAUGGGUUAGUUGUAA